AUGACUGGAAGAGUGGAUUACAGGAAGUUAGCGGGCCACGAUGACUCUGACGACGAGUUUAGAUACGAGGAUGAUUUCCUGAAGGACGACGAUCUUGACCGGGACCCUUCGUUUGGGACAAGACGCAAGCCUAAACGUAAAGCACCACCCAGUAGCACCGAUGGCAACGCUUCUAAAAAGACAAAGGCCAAAGCAACAGUUGAAAUCCUAAAGCAAAGACUUAGUGACGAUGAAUUUGCAGAUGAAGACAUGAUCACAUUGACUCCUCAGUUACCUGAUGGGUAUGUUCCCGACGUGGUGUCUCAGGCUUUUGGAGCUGCUGACUUUUCAUACUUGAAAUUGAAGCCUGAUCAUUUCUCUAGACCUAUUUGGAUUAGUCCCAAGGAUGGGAGAAUUAUUCUUGAAUCGUUUUCUCCCUUGGCAGAACAAGCACAGGAUUUCUUGAUUACCAUUGCCGAGCCCAUUUCCAGACCUUCACAUAUACAUGAGUAUAAGAUUACUGUUUAUUCGCUAUAUGCUGCAGUUUCUGUUGGUGUCCAAACAGAAGACAUUAUACUGGUGUUGAAUCGGCUAUCAAAAGUCCCCGUACAUCAAGAGAUCAUCUCGUUCAUCCGAGAAGCAACUGUUUCUUAUGGUAAGGUUAAGUUGGUGUUGAAACACAACAGAUAUUUUGUUGAAAGUACUCAAGCUGAUAUCUUACAAAUGCUUUUGAAGGACGAGGUCAUUGGUCCCUUACGGACUCUGUCAUCCGAAAACACUGUAGCCAGUAAUGGUUUAAUAAGCCUGGCAGCACCCACUGGAGAAUUGGAAAAUGGAGGUAAGGAACCUCAAAAAUCAGAAGAUAUAUUUGCUUCGAUCAUAGGGAAACGUUCAGAAGAAGACGAAGAAGACGAUUUGGAUGCAGUGCAUUCCUUUGAAAUAGCCAAUGAAUCUGUGGAAGCAGUAAAGAAGAGAUGUCAUGAAAUUGACUACCCAGUUUUGGAAGAAUAUGAUUUCCGUAACGAUGAAAGAAACCCCAUCCUAGAUAUUGACCUUAAACCAUCUACUCAGAUUAGACCUUAUCAGGAGAAAUCACUUUCCAAAAUGUUUGGUAAUGGGAGAGCUCGUUCAGGUAUCAUUGUUUUACCCUGUGGUGCUGGUAAAACAUUAGUAGGUAUUACGGCUGCUUGUACGAUCAAGAAAUCUGUUAUUGUAUUGUGUACUUCAUCUGUUUCUGUGAUGCAAUGGAGACAACAAUUCUUACAGUGGUGUACGAUUCAACACGAGAAUGUUGCAGUGUUUACAUCUGAAAAUAAAGAGAUGUUCACCAGUGAUUCUGGUUUGGUUGUUUCAACAUAUUCAAUGGUGGCCAAUACCAGAAACAGAUCACAUGAUUCCCAAAAGGUUAUGGACUUUUUAACUUCAAGAGAAUGGGGGUUCAUUAUUUUGGAUGAGGUUCAUGUUGUCCCCGCAGCCAUGUUCAGAAGAGUGGUUACUACAAUAGCGGCACAUGCAAAGUUGGGAUUAACGGCUACAUUAGUUAGAGAAGAUGAUAAGAUUGGAGAUUUGAAUUUCUUGAUUGGACCCAAGUUAUAUGAAGCUAAUUGGAUGGACUUGGCUCAGAAGGGGCAUAUUGCCAAUGUUCAAUGUGCUGAAGUUUGGUGUCCUAUGACAUCUGAGUUCUAUCAAGAAUAUUUAAGAGAAAGUGCCAGGAAAAGAAUGUUGUUGUACAUUAUGAACCCAACAAAGUUCCAAGCAUGUCAAUUCUUGAUACAUUUCCAUGAGAAAAGAGGAGAUAAGAUUAUUGUCUUCAGUGAUAAUGUGUAUGCCUUACAAGAAUAUGCUCUUAAGUUAGGGAAACCAUUUAUCUAUGGUUCUACUCCUCAGCAAGAACGGAUGAAGAUUUUACAGAAUUUCCAACAUAACGAUCAAGUUAACACUAUAUUUUUAAGUAAGGUUGGUGACACUUCUAUUGAUUUACCUGAAGCCACGUGUUUGAUUCAAAUAUCAUCUCAUUAUGGUUCUAGAAGACAAGAAGCCCAAAGAUUAGGAAGAAUUUUAAGAGCCAAAAGACGUAAUGAUGAAGGUUUCAAUGCAUUCUUCUAUUCAUUGGUUUCGAAAGAUACUCAGGAGAUGUAUUACUCCACCAAGAGACAGGCAUUUUUAGUAGAUCAAGGUUAUGCCUUCAAAGUGAUUACUCAUUUGAAUGGGAUGGAGCAAUUGCCCAACUUAGCAUAUGCUUCACCAAAGGAGAGAAGAGAAUUGUUACAGCAGGUGCUUCUUAAGAAUGAAGAUGCAGCAGGGGUGGAGAUUGGUGAUGAUGUUGAUACAAACUUCAUCUCCAAUGAACGAAGGCAGAAGUACGAACAAUCUCAGGCCACCAGAAGUGCCGGGUCCUUGGCCAGUAUUGCUGGAGGUGAAGACAUGGCCUAUGUGGAGUACAGCAAGAAUAAAAAUAAAGAGUUACGAGAACAUAAUCCUAUUAUUCAGAAAAUGUACUACCAGAAACAGAAGAAAUAA